UUCAGAGCCGAAGCAUUAGCCGCAGCUGACAUCGGAGGCAAAAGUGAUCCCUUUUGUGUCCUCGAUAACGUAAAAGAUAUUCACUCUGUUUUGGAAAUAACUGUUUAUGAUGAGGAUAGAGACAAAAAAGUAGAAUUCUUAGGCAAAGUUGCCAUUCCUUUGCUAAAGAUUAAAAACAAUGAGAAAAAGUGGUUUGGAUUAAAAGAUAAGAAAUUAUUAAAUCGAGCGAAGGGACAGAUUCUGUUGGAAAUGAAUGUGUAUUAUAAUAAGGUUAAAGCGAGCAUCAGAACAUUCAAUCCGAGGGAAACCAAAUUUAUAAAACCAGAGCAAAGAUUUAAAAGAAUAGUA